UCAUUUACUUUUCAGAGAAGGCAGGCAGACGUUUUUCUCGUCAUUAAAGGGUUUGAAUCAUCCGGUGGUGACCAAUUGAGAGACAAGAAACUGAUUCAUCAUUAAGCACUUGUCUUGUCCUUCAGUUCAGAGUGAAACGUAACUCAACCGGAGAGCAUUGAGAAGCCGGUGUUUCUGAGACUACAAGAAGGUCCACUAUACAGUAAGAAUGAGAAAAAGGACCAGGAAGAAGUCAUAAUGGAGGUUCUAUGGUGUCUCUAUGUCAUCCUGCUCCUCCCCCUACUAACCUGCUCCAGCCAACCACAGUCCUGUCUGCAGUGUGUCAAUGACUUCAUCAGUAACAUCACAUGUGUGUUGAACAACACAUGCGUGCCCCCAGACAUGCCAUGCACUCUGCAUGGUGAAUACCCCGGGUUUAAAAGGCAAUGUGAGAUGAAGUCCUUGGGCGGUUCCAACUCAACGUUGAGAGGCGGCAGUCUGGUCUUUGAGGGCAAUCCUAUCUUUUGGCAAGAUGAUAAAAUACCCAUUGGCGUACGGUGUGGACAAACAGAAGAUUAUGUGAUACAGAUUAAAUACCUGUAUCAACCAUUUAACCACAUUAAAAUGCAUCCCCCUGGCAAGCCGACCGUCACCAAUGCCUCAAUCGCCUGGACACCAGGAGCUCCCAUUUCAAAAAAGAUAUCCAACUAUAACUUCCAACUACAGUGGAAACAGGAACUACAUCACUGGGAGGAUGCUGUGGAGGUGAACAUAUCAAACAAACAGACGUAUUUUGACCUGGACCCUGACAUGCUGGAGAGAGGAGGGAGGUACCAGGUCAGAGUCAGGGUUCGAGCCGACCCAGACGAUUACCCAGACUGUCAGUGGAGCGACUGGAGCCCCAGUGCAUCAUGGGUCUCCACUCUGGGCCAGAUGAAGCCAACAGGUAGUCCUGAUGUUCUAGACCAGGACUUUGUGGUGGUCACCGUGGUGGGAGCUGUUGUUGUACUGGUCCUGCUGGUCUCCAUAUUGCUCUGCAAAGGCAAAUUGGUCAAGAAGAUUCUGAAUCCUCCUAUACCAGAUCCCUCCAGGUACUUUGAGGGCCUCAACCUCCAUCACCAUGGAAACUUCAAGGCUUGGCUGGGUCCUUUGUACGCUUUUGAAUUCGUCGACUCUGCCUUGCACCGUGACGACAUCUCCCAGGUAGAGAUUACCAAAAGCAUUGGCACCAUCGCCCCCCUGAGGAGGGAGACCGGUACUGCACUACUACUGAAGAAGAGAUUGGACAACAGUGGCCACUCCGUCUUCAGCAACUUGUUAUCUCAAUGCUCCCAGCCUGGAUCCACCUCCACCAAGCUGGAACCCUGCUCUGUACACUCCCCUUACGGACCAGUAGGUGGCACUACUGAAGAGAUAGAAGAGUGGAAGGAGGAAAACAGAGGAGAAAGGAUGGAUAGUGUUAGAGGUGUAGGGGGGAAGGACGGAGAUAUCAGGGGUGGAGGGAAGGAUAUAGAGUUGGGGGGUGGAGGGACGGAUAGAGAGAUGUUAGGUGGCGGUAUAUUUGGAGGCAUCAGUGGAGGUAAAGAUAUCGUCCAGGUUUCUUCUUAUGAGCGUGUUGAGAAGCUCCAGGCCGAGCGUCGGGCCCUCAUAAGCCCAGAUUCAGGCAUCGGCAGUGGGGGAGAGGAUCAGGAAAGUCAAGAGAGCGUGGAGGAUGCGGUCGGGCCAACUGUGACCGCCUGUAACCAUAUCCCUCUUAUUACCACUAACAAUAUAUUUCCAUUCUGUUCCACCCCCUUACCUAUUCCACUGACCGGUUUACCCUUCCCCUUCUCUGGGUUGGGGUUGGCUCCAUCCCUGGGUAUGAGUACCAGUCAUCAAGACAGGCUGUUGGAGGAGAUGUCUCUCCUGUCUUCUUCAAUGGCUUUAGAGCCCUCUAGUGGCGGCUACAUGCCAGUGAAAGAAGCUCAGAACUGAACUAUGGAAACCUUUUACUAGGGAGGGACUAAUGAUUUAUAGAUACACUAGAUGACUGACAGGCUGUUUUGAAGCCACUGCUCCUCCAUCUUGGCCCCCCUCCAUUGUAAAAAAUACUUUGGAAUCUAUAGAAAUGCAUUUGCUAAUGUCUACAUUUGUUUUUACCACAUUGUUUCUAUUACAGACACACUUUUUUAAGAACUAAUGUUACUGUCCCCACUACAACAACAAACAAGACUUACAAACAUGUCAUUUUGUCCAUGAAGCAUUGAAAUGAAAUACUGUAGAAUUACAUCCAUUCCAAUAGAGCUCCACAGUGGAGGCGUUCAAACAGGGAAAUGGUUCCAAUUGUUUUUCCACCAUUCAUUUCUCUCUUAAGGGAUUUUAGAAACACUUAAAAUAAGGACUGUGGCCUCCUGAGUGGCGCAGUGGUCUAAAACACUGCAUCGCAAGCUGUGUCAGAGCCGGCCGCAAGCAGGAGCCCCAUAGGGCGGCACACAAUUGGCCCAGAGCGGCAUGGGUUGGGGUAGGGUUUGGCCGGGGGGCUUUCCUAUGCUCAUCGCACUCUAGCG